UAGAUCUAGAUAGGAACAUUUCUUUCUACAUUAUGAGCACGAGAUCCAUAUCCCGUGAUAAUAAUCGUCCACUGUAUGCAUAUGUCACUUUAGAAGUUUCGGCGCUUUCCUGAAAUAUACUUAGUAGGUGCCUAUCGAAAAACGGCGCUCAAGGAGUAAAACGAUGAGAAUUCAAAGGCUACCGCAAGGCUGAUACAACGUGGUAUAUUUAAAAUAAUAUAGCUUAUUGGCCAUGGAAAGAGGUGCUGAAUCCACUUAUUACAGUAGUCCCUGCUAUCUCUUUAUCUUUCAUCCUUUUCGCUUCAAUUCCCGUGGAUGACCCUCGGGAUUCCCGAAGUUUUGCAACGCCUUCUUAUCCCUUGCUUAAGACGUCAAGAAAGCUAGGAUUCUAUUUAGAUGAGUGCCUCACAGCCAAGAGAGGACGAAAAUAAACGGUCUUAUUUCAUUGCCAGUUAAGGACGAGGCAAUGAAAAGAAUCGAACUCUUUUCUCACCGAAGCAUUUUUAUUGAUCUAAUUUUUCCCCUUCCUGCUGAGAUGUUUCGUAGAAUGUUAGCAUGCGCGUAAGCUGAAUAAAAUGACAAAGUUAAGCCAGUUAACCAGCUUAGCCAAGCACUACAACGUAAACGUCAAUGUCAACAUACAAAUUCUCCUUUGUCAUCCCCAUUAAUUCGCUAUAGAAGCAGUUAGAUGAAUUUGAUUUGGAUCAGGCGGCUAAUUUCCCUUUUGGCCUUUCGGAGGAGAUGUGUUGAUUGCGGCUACGUCAGAUAGCAGUUGGCAAAGGAGGUGUUGUAAAUGCUCUUACUCAAUUUAAACGUGAUGAACAUAAUAAGACAGCCCCUCCCCACAUUUCAACCAUUAAAAAAUGGCGCGUUUUGAUUUUAGCGCACGUCAUCGCUGAUUUUCGAGGAGUGGGGUGGGAGGAGGGAACUUUAUAUCUCUGAUUAUUAUACCCAAGAUCAGUUCCGAGAUUGUAGGAUCUACAUUGUAGGUUACUAAUUAUACCAAUGAGAUCAUAAUUUAUCUAAAUUGCUAUCUAUUAAAAAUAAACGUGGUUGCUUCUUUGAUUACGCGAGUUUUUUUGUGUUUUUGUUUAUGUUGUUUUUUUCAUGCACUCUUAUCACCAGAGACUGCAAACUGUUAAGGAGUUGCCUAAUAGAAUCAAAGCUUUCAGACACGAUGUGUCGUCCGAAAUGAAUUUGUGAAUUGAAGGUGAAUUACAUUCUGCUCAUGCGUGUGAACAGCCCUGCACAAAUUGGGGCGAUUAAAUUUAAUUUGGUCUCAACUUUGCAAACAUCUUUAUUUGCCGAAGGUUAGCAGAAGUACAAACACACAGCUGUAAAAAUAAUGAAGAAAAAAUUUGCGUGCAGUGAUACAGUAUCAAACAUCGUUAUCGAGUUUAGCCAAAGAUACACCAAGGUGAUACAACUCCAUAUCAGAUGAUAAUUAUGAUAUUGCAGGGCAUCUAUUGUAAUGGACACAUAAGAUGUCAUCGUGUUACCGUGAUAUCGAAGGCACGAUCUUUCUUCGAAAGGAGCUUUUAAACAACGUACAGUAUCCCUCGAUUAGCGAGGUCAUUAGUUAACACCAUGAAUUUGCAAAUGUCAUUUGGGAUAAAGAGAUGGAAUAUUACCGCACGCGCGCUGUCGCAAAUUACGCUCUCCUCGAAAGGAAUCCGGCCAGGUGAACACGGUUAUCUUUUUAUUUCAUUUUGAAAUCCUAAACGAAAAUCUUAGUGCCUUCCUGCCUGCCUUCUAACUCGAUUAAGUCGUAUGCAUUUCAAAUUAGUUUAAAAAAUUCACCUCCGUCCUUAUCUCUGGAAAUCACACCUCUUAGAAACGCUUACGAUGUAAGUACGCGGCCUAGAAGAAGUCCAUUACUCAACUUGUAUGUCGUUAGAUGCAGAUCUAAUACAAUCACUGUAUUCAAUGUAAGGUUAUACGUGUUCUGCUACCCUGAGUUCAGUGUACGGAAAAGCCCAAACGUCCACAUUAUUAAUGAGGUAUUGUAAACUCCUAGCAAUCUGUACAAUGUUGACUUCUUUCAUCAUGUUUUACUCCGGUUUGUUUUUCCUUCUUAGAAGCGGUAGAAAAUCGGCGCCUUGGACUUCCGCAGAAGGGACAAGAUUUUCUAGCAUUGUUCUAGGCUUGGCCACGGCAUUAAAAGGGUCAUCGCAGCAGAUAAUCCAAGGUUUUCACUUAGUAUCGGCCAUGACUUCGGAAUGUGUUGUUUUUCGCGAGUUCUUUGCGCAAGAAGCUUGUGAAAGUGUCAGUCCAAAAAAUGGGGAUAUGUCUUCGAAUGGAUCGUUGGAAACGGAGACGAUCCAGAAAUUUUUAUCCAUCUGUUUAAAACAGUACUUCAGCAGCUCUCAGGAUGACACGAAGGAAAAGGACUUAUCUUGUGAAGAUAGCAAUGUGGACAGUCAGCUUAGCGCAGAUGUCACUUGCACAUUUUGCAAGGACGACAUGACACCAGUGACGCUGGCUUUGAAGAAUCACUUGGACGUGUGUCCUCUUUUCCCGGUCAAAUGUCCUAACAUGUGUGGCAAGAUGGAGGUUCCUCGAGAAAAGGUAGAGUAUAAAACUCAAAACUGAAAAAUUAUCAUGAAUAGCAAUGGUUAUAGCAGUAUGUACAAAAUUUCCUAGAUUACGAUCGGAUGCCUCUUCCGUUCAAGUGGUACAUUUUAUAGUACAAGUAAUAUUUACUUCAAGUGAAUCGCGCGUCGCGUUUGUGAUGAAUGUAAAUGUUUAAUUCAAAUCUUCAAAGUAUUUGAUGUGGUCUUUCAAUAUUUUUAAAUACUUUGACGACAGUCCGCGUUCUCAGUCAAGUUUAUCGGUUGUUUUCAUUUUAAAAUAUCUUUGCGGAACUACGAGUCUUAAAUAUUUGUUACAUGCAAAAAAUAAAAUUCAAUGAUAAGUAGCAUCUUAUCGACAUAUCAUUCGCUUGAGAGGUUAUCUGCUAUGAAACAUCUUAAUUUAUUUCUCAAAUGACGAUAUUACCUUCUCAAGCGAUAAGCAACAGCAUAAUUAUUUCCAGAAAGCUAAAAUUCUGAGAAACGCUAUGUUUCAGUUCACUGGAUUGAAAGUCGAGAAACUGGGAGAUGUUAUAAAUCUCGAAUUAUUUUAUGGCCGGCUGGCAAUUAUGCCAUGUUUUCCAGGCAUCAGUACAAACUUACACGCUGUGAAUUUUAUUGUAUAAGGACUUCAAAUUGUGCUACUUUCUCGAACUUUACCACUACUCUAGUCAGUUUAGCUUCUCCUUAAAUAUAAUUUUUUUCUUUUUUGAAAAGUAGUCUAUUAAAGGGGUUGACUUAAAGAAUCAC